AGUUAAAAAAUUAAUUGUUUGCACAACAUCAUAUGACCAUUGAUCAAUAACUUUAUACAGUGGUUAUAUGGCUCCUGAGUAUGCCUUUGAUGGGAAGUUCUCAGUAAAAUCAGAUAUCUUUAGCAUGGGUGUUGUCUUGUUAGAGAUAGUGACUGGCAAAAAGAACAUAAGUUUUAGAUACAUGGAUCACUGUGAUAGCCUUCUAGGACAUGCAUGGCUCCUUUGGAAAGAAGACAGGGCCUUGGAACUAAUGGAUGAAUGUUUGAAAGAUUCAUAUGUUGAAUCUCAAGUGAAGAGAUGUAUACACGUGGGCUUAUUAUGCGUUCAGAAACACGCAGAUGACAGGCCAUUUACGUCCAAUGUGCUUUUUAUGCUAGGAAGUGAUCAGGAGGGAGCAAAUUUGCCUGAUCCCAAUGAACCUGGAUUUUUCAUGGGAGGGACUUACAAUAUUGAAGAAACUUGUAAAUUGCAUUACAAUAAUGAAGAAACUUGUCGACCAGAGCCAAAUUCAAAUGUAGUGAGUAUCACUGAUAUAGAAGCCAGAUAGAGAAGGUUCAACAGAAUGAUAAUUCUGCAGUAAAUACACAUAAUCAUGCUAAUAUAAGAGAACUGUUGUUAAUGAGUAAUGCUAUGUACUAUGUAGCAAUAGUGGCGCUACAC